CUUUACUAUUCUCCAUUUCCAUCAUCGGGUAAACCCAAGGAAGUGGCAAAUCCAUUGUUUCUUUCUGAAAGUUCACGCAAAAACCCUAAAUUCUAUCUCUGCCGCCGCUCCAUCGGGUCCUCCGGUCAACCCACUUCGCCUGUUCAUCGCUAUCAGUUAGAACUCAGUCAAGAUCAUUCUCUAACAAGGGAAGUGACACAAUUAUGGAUCAAAGACACCAAGGCAGUGCUAAUCUUCCAAGUGAUCAUACAUCUAUUAAAAACCAUAAUGCUGAGAAGAAGAAAAGGCCUUGCAAGAUCAUUGGUGGUGGUCUACGACAGUUCAGUACUAUAGUUUGUAAGAAGUUGGAGACUAAAGGAAGAACUACCUAUGGUGAGGUUGCUGAUGAAAUUAUUGCAGAGUUUGGUGGAACUGUUAAGGAAUCACCGGUGUCUUUAGAUGAGUUUGAUGAGAAGAAUAUAAGGCGGCGUGUGUAUGAUGCACUAAAUGUUCUUAUGGCACUGGAUAUCAUCACUAGAGACAAAAAAGAAAUUCAGUGGAAGGGACUUCCAACCCAAGAUGUUAAGGGACUGGAAGAGCUCAAGGCGACCCGAAUGAAACUGGUGAAUAGGAUCGGAAAGAAAACUGCCUACUUGAAUGAUUUGAAAGAUCAAAUUGCAGGUUUUCAACAUUUGAUAUCACGAAAUAAGCAGUUGCUCAAUCGGGAGAGUUCUCCUCUGGAAGCAUUUUCUUUGCCAUUUUUACUGGUUCAAACAAGUUCCCAUGCGACGGUUGAGAUUGAGAUAUCAGAAGACAUGCAAUUGGUCCACUUCGACUUUAACAGUACACCCUUCUCUUUGCACGACGAUGCUUACAUUCUAAAGUUACUAAGACGACACCAACUGCCAGCAGAAAGCAGAGACAUCUCGAGUUCAUCAUCAGCCGUCUCGUCUUCAAGCUCUGCUCUCGCAUGUAAAGGCACCAAGCCCUUUUAUUGGAACUCUGAAGCACACACUCAAAGAUGAACAAAAGGCACCAACAAUGUAUGUAUGUUAUACGAGAGCAUAAUUUUGAUGCAGUAGUAGGAGGAUUAUAUGAGAAAAUAUUCAUCAUUCAUACAUACAUGUAUAGAUUAUGUUCCUUAAUGAUGUAUUCAAUCAUGAAAUAUAUAGUUAAUUAGUAGUACCAUUGAUAA